AUGAACCAUUCUGUGGUGCAGAAAUGGUUGCGUACCGUGCUCGGUCCCUACACGGAUCGUGACCGAGUGUUUGCCGACGUUGAUCGAGUCUUGAUCGCAGUCUCGUCGCUGUCACCUAAGACCGAGGUCUUCACUUUCAACGAUGGUCGAACACAGCUGCUGCUUACUUUGGACGGAACCAUUCCGGUCAAUUUCCGCAAUACGACGUACAACAUCCCAGUGGCGUACUGGAUCCCGCGAGACUAUCCUCGCGAACCACCCAUGGCCUUCGUAGCACCCACACCAGACAUGGCCAUCCGCAAAGGCCCCAACGUCGAUCCGAGCGGAGAGAUCGGCGGAGACUAUCUACGAAGAUGGCGCAGUAAGCCGGAAGCGUGCAAUCUGCUGGAUCUGAUCCACGACUGCCAGCACAUGUUUGGUCGCGAGCCUCCUGUUUAUGCUAAGCCCAAACCCACCCCUGUCUUCGCCACGGCUGCCACUCCAUCACAGCAACAGCACCAACAGCAGCACUCACAGCCAUCCACCCCACAACGCUCGAGCAGCACAUCCAGUGCGCUUGCCGCACAACGACAUGGCGCUCCGCCACCCGUCCCAGCAUCCCCGCAGUCCCCAUACAUGGCAGGGGGUCCUUCCUUUCAGAACUCGAGCGCGUACGACCAGCGUCAGAAACCACCUCCACCCGCACCCGGUACGCCUUCCAGCUCGCAGGAUGCUCAAAGCCAGCACGCACCACAUCGACCUGCCAAACCUUCUUCGUCGCUGGGCCCGGAUGCCGGAUAUGCUGCUUACAGUCCAGGCCCUGGCUCUCGAGCCUCAAUGUCUCAUCCAGCGCAGUACGGCUCACCAGCACCUGCGCCGCUUCCGUCGAGAGAGACGCAAUCGCCGCAACAGACCGGAGUACCACGCUUUGGUGCGGAGGAAGCGUACAGACGCUCAUCAUGGGCAGACUUUGCACCGGUCGGAUUCGGCGGUCAUCCUCCUUCCCAACACGGUGCCCUGGGCCAAGCACAGUAUGCAGCGCAGUCCCCCGUGACCGCACCGCAAUCUCCAUCGCAUGCAGCACCGUGGCAGCAGGGAGCAGGACCACCGCAGCGCCGUGACUCGCAGCAGUAUACCCACUAUCAGCAGCAGCAGCAUCAUUUGCACCCCCAGCAUCAACAUCAGCAGCGCUCACACACUUCCCCUUAUCCAGCAUCAGACAACCAUCCGGGACCGCAUCCAAUGUACAGCGGCAGUCCAGCUCCAGGGCAGUCUUUCGCACCACCUCAGAACGGACAGGCAGUGUAUGAUCAACCUCAGCAUACGAGUGGCGCACCGCAACCGCAACCACCCCCGCCACCUGGACCCGGACCGCAUCCGCACCCACAUGCAGCCGACGGCACUCUGUCUUACGGUGCCAACGGGUAUCGCGACCCGCCGUCGUCGCAGCCUGCAAUUGCUCCCAAACCCAAAGGCAUUAACUUGCUCGAUGACGAAGACGAACCCGUCGGUACUGCUUCUCAUUCUUCUCAGCCAGCUGCUGCUGCUGCUGCCGGAGGUGCACGUCAGAAGGCAGGCGACCCAGCCGUGCCGCCUCCACCGCGUCCGAUCAACCCAGAGCUGCUCGCACUCCACGAUCGCAUCUACACGAAACUCGACACACGCCUCAGUACGCUCGCCUCGACGCUUGCCGCCUCCAACUCGCGCCUCGAGGUGCUCUCCACCGACCUGGACCGCGGCCUGCCCGCGAUCGAGGACGAAAUGUCGCGCCUCAAAGCUGUACGCGAUGUGUGCCAGACCACGGGUGAUCGAUUGGAGGCGUCGGUGAGGGAUAUCACAGAGUCGAUCCGUGGGCUGCAGGCACGCGAGGAGCCGGAUCCGGACAACAUGGUGCUGGCGACAAGCAUCGUGGGGAAUCAGCUGGUGGAUCUGGUCGCGGAGGACAACGCGAUCGAGGAUACGCUGUACCACUUGGGCAGGGCGUUGAACGCGGAGCGCAUCGAUUUGGAUCGGUUUUUGAAGCAGACGAGGAUGUUGGCGAGGGAGCAGUUUAUGAAGCGCGCCUUGGCGAUGAAGAUUGGCGAGGGAAUGGGGUGGGCUGAGUAG